AGACCAACCCCUUCCGGACAGAGUGGUCCUAUUUGAAUUGUGAGCUCAGAGAAAUCUCCCUGGGAGACAUGAAAUACAGUUUGUUGCUCCUUCACAUGGAAGAAGCUGAGGCUCAGAGAAGUAUGGUAGACCUGCUGCUUUGGAGAGUUUUUGAAAAAUUUCUUCUUUAAAUGCUUGGUAUGAUUCAUCAUUAAAGUCAUCUAGGUUUGGGAUUUUCUUUGGGUAACAUGCAUUUCACAGUGGCCUUCUGGAGACAACGCCUUAACCCUAAGAAGUGACUCAAAUAGUGAGAACUUCAGGUUUGCCAUCCUAUUGGUGGUAUGUCUGACAGUGGAUCACAGCUCGGUUCAAUGGGUAGCCUGACCAUGAAAUCACAACUUCAGAUCACUGUCAUCUCAGCAAAACUUAAAGAAAAUAAAAAGAAUUGGUUUGGACCAAGCCCUUAUGUGGAAGUAGCAGUAGAUGGACAGUCAAAGAAGACAGAAAAAUGCAACAACACGAACAGUCCCAAAUGGAAGCAACCCCUUACAGUUAUCGUUACCCCUGUGAGUAAAUUAAAUUUUCGUGUGUGGAGUCACCAGACACUGAAAUCUGAUGUUUUGUUGGGAGCUGCCGCAUUAGAUAUUUAUGAAACAUUAAAGUCAAACAAUAUGAAACUUGAAGAAGUGGUUGUGACUUUGCAACUUGUAGGUGACAAAGAGCCAGCAGAGACAAUAGGAGACUUAUCAGUUUGUCUUGAUGGACUGCAGUUAGAGUCUGAAGUUGUUACUAAUGGUGAAACUACAUGUUCAGAAAGUGCUUCACAGAAUGAUGAUGGCUCCAGACCUAAGGAAGAAUCAAGAGUGAACACAAAUGGAUCAGAUGACCCUGAGGAUGCAGGGUCUGGUGAAAAUAGAAGGCUCAAUGGAAAUAAUUCUCCUUCACUCUCAAAUGGUGGUUUUAAACCUUCUAGACCUCCAAGACCUUCUAGACCACCUCCGCCAACCCCACGUAGACCAGCAUCUGUCAAUGGUUCACCAUCUGCCACUUCUGAAAGUGAUGGAUCUAGUACAGGCUCUCUACCACCAACAAAUACGAAUACAUCUGAAGGUGCAACAUCUGGAUUAAUUAUUCCUCUUACUAUAUCUGGAGGCUCGGGCCCUCGACCAUUAAAUCCUGUAACUCAAGCUCCUCUACCACCUGGCUGGGAGCAAAGAGUGGACCAGCAUGGGCGAGUUUAUUAUGUAGAUCACGUUGAAAAAAGAACAACAUGGGAUAGACCAGAACCUCUACCUCCUGGCUGGGAACGGCGGGUUGACAACAUGGGACGUAUUUAUUAUGUUGACCAUUUUACAAGAACAACAACAUGGCAAAGGCCAACGUUGGAAUCUGUCCGGAACUAUGAACAGUGGCAGCUACAACGUAGUCAACUUCAAGGAGCAAUGCAGCAAUUUAACCAGAGAUUUAUUUAUGGGAAUCAAGAUUUGUUCGCUACAUCACAAAACAAAGAAUUUGACCCUCUAGGUCCUUUACCACCUGGAUGGGAGAAGAGAACAGACAGCAAUGGCAGAGUAUAUUUUGUCAACCAUAACACUCGAAUUACACAAUGGGAAGACCCUAGAAGUCAAGGUCAGUUAAAUGAAAAGCCUUUACCUGAAGGCUGGGAAAUGAGAUUCACAGUGGAUGGAAUUCCAUAUUUUGUGGACCACAAUAGAAGAACAACCACAUAUAUAGAUCCUCGCACAGGAAAAUCUGCCCUAGACAAUGGACCCCAGAUAGCCUAUGUUCGGGACUUCAAGGCAAAGGUUCAGUAUUUCCGUUUCUGGUGUCAGCAACUGGCCAUGCCGCAGCAUAUAAAGAUUACAGUGACAAGAAAAACACUGUUUGAGGAUUCCUUUCAACAGAUAAUGAGCUUCAGUGCCCAAGAUCUGCGAAGACGUUUGUGGGUGAUUUUUCCAGGAGAAGAAGGUUUAGAUUAUGGAGGUGUAGCAAGAGAAUGGUUCUUUCUUUUGUCACAUGAAGUGUUGAACCCAAUGUAUUGCCUAUUUGAAUAUGCAGGGAAGGAUAACUACUGCUUGCAGAUAAAUCCCGCUUCAUACAUCAAUCCAGAUCACCUGAAAUAUUUUCGUUUUAUUGGCAGGUUUAUUGCCAUGGCGCUGUUCCAUGGGAAGUUCAUAGACACAGGGUUUUCUUUGCCAUUCUAUAAGCGUAUCUUGAACAAGCCAGUUGGGCUCAAGGAUUUAGAAUCUAUUGAUCCAGAAUUUUACAAUUCUCUCAUCUGGGUUAAAGAAAACAAUAUUGAGGAAUGUGGCUUGGAAAUGUACUUCUCUGUUGAUAAAGAAAUUCUAGGUGAAAUUAAGAGUCAUGAUUUGAAACCCAAUGGUGGCAAUAUUCUUGUAACAGAAGAAAAUAAAGAGGAAUAUAUCAGAAUGGUAGCUGAAUGGAGAUUGUCUCGAGGUGUUGAAGAACAGACACAAGCUUUCUUUGAGGGCUUUAAUGAAAUUCUCCCUCAGCAGUAUUUGCAGUACUUUGAUGCAAAGGAAUUAGAGGUCCUUUUAUGUGGAAUGCAAGAGAUUGAUUUGAAUGACUGGCAAAGACAUGCCAUCUACCGUCAUUACACUAGGACGAGCAAACAAAUCAUGUGGUUUUGGCAGUUCGUUAAAGAAAUUGAUAAUGAGAAGAGAAUGAGACUACUGCAGUUUGUUACUGGAACUUGCCGAUUGCCAGUAGGAGGAUUUGCUGACCUUAUGGGGAGCAACGGACCACAGAAAUUCUGCAUUGAAAAAGUUGGGAAAGAGAAUUGGUUACCAAGAAGUCAUACAUGUUUUAACCGCCUAGACCUGCCACCUUACAAGAGCUAUGAGCAACUGAAAGAAAAGCUGUUGUUUGCCAUUGAAGAAACAGAAGGAUUUGGACAAGAGUAACCUCUGAGAACUUGCACCACCAAAGGACAAGAAUUGAUUUGCAAUGUUUGUCCUUUUCCUUCUCUGCCUGUUGCACAUUUUAUUGUAAAACUGGACUGUGACUGUUUAGAGAGUUAUCCGAGUGUAAGAAAAUUAGUGUUAUCAUUGAGAUUUAUCUCCCAGUGAUUCUGGAUUUCUACUCAACAUUUCCAGAAAUCUGAUCUGCAAAUGACUAGUCAGAACCUAAUUUAACAUGAGAUUUAACACAGCAAUGAAAUCUACCUUGUCUUAUCCCAUUAGAUUGUUUCCUUAACAAUUUUUUAUGUGCGUCAAAGGCUUACUUGGGAGUAGGGUUUUUUCCUUUUAGAGAUUCUGCAGAUAACUGCAAUACAAAAUCUUCCUAUAAAGCCUCUUGGUAGAGGUAUUUGUUUAAAGUGCAAACUUAUUCCAGCUUCUGGGGACUGGCGCAAACUCCUGGCUUGUGCUCUCCCUCUCUGUCAGCCUGGCUUGACUGUUGUUUUCCUUUCUGGAGCAUGAAUCCGUGCAUCAUUUUGAUGUUAUUCUUGGAAGUGGUGCAAGACUUGCAUCUCUUUACUAAGUAGUUUUUUCAAUUUGAAUUCAGGGAAAAAUUAGUCCCAGCCUGCAAAGGACUUCAUACCUCUCUUCAUUUGGAAGUUUAAUUGUUCGAAUUGCCUUGCAAAUAUUGAACUUCACAAACAAUAUUAACACUGUGGAUCCUUCACGUUUUUUAUUUUAAGUUAACUUAGAAUUGGAAUUUAGCUGAAUUCAUCUGCGGCUAUCAUUGGUCGUUUUUGUAUGUUCCUAUACAUUGAAGCUUUAUCAUUUUAUUAUAAUCCAACAACUUCAUUUAUAUUUUAUCAUUGCUGAGGAGUUCAAGUUGUGACUAGAGUGCUUUUCUAUUUCCAAUAGAGGUCAAUGAACCAGCUCUGAAAUUACAUUUUCAUUAGGGAGGGGGUGUUGUGGUACUGGCUAAAAAGAAAGGACGAUAACAUCCAGUAGCCACAGAAAUGUAUUCUCUAUGUGAAUUAAAAGCCUUUAAAUUUAUCAUUUUUCUGACACAUGAUGGAGUAGUCAUUUCCAUUCUUUACAUUGUUCUGAAUUGGAUUAAUUAAUAUCCCUCAUCUGCAAUACUCUUUUUACCCCUAAAAAUUAAGCAGGUUUUCCUUUUUUUCCCACGACUCUUUAAUUUUAGAGUGCUCUGUUAGUAACCAAAUAAUGCACUUUGAAGUUCUCUGUAGUUAAUUCUUUUAACUCAGCUAGCCUAGACUGUCAAUAUGACUGCUGUCAUAAAUUUGACUUUAAGGGCAGUGGGAUGAAGCUUAAGCCAGCUGAAUCCCUACCAUAGGUGAACCCUGAGGAUAGCCUCAUAAUUCAUGUAACAGGGACUUGGCUAUGUUUCAGUAGCAUAGCAUGAACAGGUAACAUUAAGCCAAGAGUAAGCAGAAAGUAAUAGACCCCUGUUCCAUAUAAAAAGAAAAUGGCUUUUGUCUCUAAUUGCUCUUCCUAUCUACAUCCUGGAACAACAAAAACAUUUUUAAACUGUGUAUCUGUACUUUAAGACACUGCCAUCCUGAAGCAGAGCCUUAGAUGAUUGAAAGGGUUACCUCAUCCAGAAAUUGUCAGUAUAAAGGGGAAGAUUAGGUUCUCUCCAAUUCUGUCUGUUUUUCAUUCCACAUACCCCGGGAAAUGUAGUGUGGUCUCCAAAAGCCCUAGUUCUUUCCUAAGUAGAGACUCUGCCUUUUCGCUGGUAGGGGAAGACAACGUGAUUGCUCUGUCUUAUAGAGCAAAUGUCUGCCAACUAUCUAUUCAGUGUGUAAGUCUGACUUUGAUAAUAUAUGGCUACAAAGAUUAAGCCUUGUGUAAAGACUUCCUAUUGAGGUGAACUCUCAUACUGAAAUAUAGUUACCUACAAUAUUUACUAGAGAUUUAUGAUAUUAAAUUAAGAGAUAAUGUAAAAAGAUAAGACUUUUUGGUUCUACAUAAUGCUUCAUGAUUCAUUUAGGGACCUAGAAAUAUUGUGUGAAAAUGUAUAAAUAUCACCCAAAAGGCUUUCUGCCCUAUAUUUUUAAAAUACAGAAUAGUUAUAUUUGAAGUAGCCCUGGCCCUAGUUCUAUAGGGCUUGGCUAUUUAAUAUUUUUAUGAAAGAAAUGUUUAGUUCUGGAAAAGGUAAAUGCUUGUAUAUAUUUUUGCAGCCUGGGAUCUCCCUACUCCAUUUCUUCCUUUAAUUUAAGUGGCCACAUGUAUAUGUCUUCCCUGCUGUGUUAGGAAAAUGGGGGCUGGAUAUCCCAAGAAUCAAGAGUUUAUAUAAAAAUACUGCAGAUAGACAGCAGACAUAAAUAUUUACCAAAUACUAUCUUAAAUUUUGUUCCAAACUGAACAUUUGGAAAUAGAUUUAUUGUGUUUAAUUAGAACUUUUUCUUAAAUCUGAACUAAAUUGCUUUUAGAGUUCUUUUACUUUGUAAGCAUUGUAAAUGCUAAUAAAUCCUAUUAAUUUC